CGGAUCAUGAAAUUACUUCUUUACUUGAAUCGAAGACACAGAAAGAAGACUGGAAUUUUGUUUUAGCACACAAAGUUAUUCGUUAGUUUUGUUCUAAAUUUCCAAUCUUUAUUUUAUCCUAAAUAUGGGUCGUACCUUGCCGCACCCAGUAUCUUGCCGAGUGUGCGGCGACAAAAGUUUCGGAAAGCAUUAUGGUGUGUACUGCUGCGACGGCUGUAGUUGCUUCUUUAAGCGAAGCAUCAGGAGAAAGAUGCAGUAUACAUGCAUUGGUAAAGGCAACUGCAUCGUCGAUAAGGCUAGACGCAACUGGUGCCCACAUUGCCGACUUCGCAAAUGCUUCUAUGUCAAAAUGAAUAAAUCGGCUGUACAGGAAGAGAGAGGACCUCGUAAGAAAAAGACUGGUAGCCAAAAUCUCAAAUCAAACACCAACAGCCAGAAUGUACCAGUUGAAAACAGAAAUAGUGCCCAAAAAAUCGGCACAGAGAGGGCCAGAGGUGAAUGUGGAACGUCAGCUUUUGUUCCAUUUCAGCCUUGGAAACGGUCUCUUGGGGCAGACCCAUACAUCACUGCCCAUCGUGCAGUCCUACACCAACAAGGAAACAAUGCUUCUUUUCUGCAGAGUCGAUUGUGCGAGACGUACUUGUCGUCGAACAUGAUAGCCACCAACGUCACAUCUCCCUUACCGUCUGCAAUGAUGUCAUUGUUUCAUGACCAGUGCCACCACCAGAGCUACGGUUAUAGUGAAGUCGGUCUGCUUACGUACCCGACAAGCACGACGUGCCACACAAUGGCAAGCAUUGGCUCUUUAAGGUCAGACCACGAAUAUCUUCAAGAAACAGCAUUUAAGAUCCUACAACUUCUGGUUGACUCGAUGUCUUCGAUUUACGUCUUUCAACUGUUUGAUAAAGACGAUAGAAUGAUUCUCCUCGAAGACUCGUGGUCAGAGCUGUUCUUGUUCCACGUAGCAUUGUGGCCAAUCGUAGACAUGCACUCAGCCGUUUUAAAACUUAGUACGAGCGGAGCACAUCUGGCGUCAAAGAUGAAAAUUCCUUCUGAAUUCAUCGACGAUCUUCGUAAGAUAAUAUUAAUGAUACGAUCAUUAAAUUUAAAUGCACCAGAAUUUGCACUGCUCAAGACAAUACUGAUACUAAAGCCAGAAUCCCAUGGUAAGUUACGAGAAACAAGGAAGGCUGAGAUGCUUCGAGAUCAAGCUCAAGUUUUCUUAGCACAGUUUGAGCAAGACUUGAACCCUCAAUCACCGGCUAGAUUCGGGAAACUUCUUCUCGGUUUGCCCUGCUUAAAGCAAGUGGAUAAGAAGAUGCUUGAGGACGUUUUCUUUGGAAGAUCUAUAACACGAUCUGAACUGGAGAGUUUGAUGUACUAAACUGUUUUAGUGUUGUAGUAUGUCUGUAUAUCAGGGGAAACAUAAAUAUUAUGAUAGAUCUCUCAUUGGAAAUAUAAUUGCUAUAUUAUUUUAAAAACGCACAUGUAAUUUGUUUAAAAAAAAUAAGUGGAGUGGUGUUUCUGAGGCUCUACACACUAGACGGUAAGAAAACUAUAAGACAGCAAAACAUCAACAUGGUAAACGACUUGCCAGUAAGUAGGGGAAUUUAAUAUGUAGAAAACAGUUACAGGAGAAACUAUCUCAUUCCAAAGUAAAAUAAGGUAGAAUUUGAUACAUUCUAAAAAUUUAAAGAUAUUUUAUCCUGAUGUUUCUUGAGAUAGUUCAAAGUAUUUUAGAUACCUUAUUAAAAGAAGUAGCUUAGGUGAUCCGAUGCCAUGAUUAAAGAUGCAGAUGGAAAAGUAAUAAAUAAUAAUAAACGAAUAGUCGUUAAUUAGGAGAGGCUAGUUGUGCAUUUUCUCAGAAUGCAGAGCAUGUACUUUAAUUAAUCAUUACUAUUAAAUGCAUCACAUUAUUUUGUUCACACAGCGAUGUUA